CCUCGAUAUGCGGAACCGUACGCGAUGGAAGGAACGUCUGACUAUCGAGAGGAGUACAGGCAACAGUAUCCUGGCGAUUACUGGAAUGAACAGGAGCCUCUCUCCUACAACAGUCGGCCGCCGCAACCAGUACAACCUUUCCGACCUUGGCAUGAUUCCGUUGAAGCUGCCGAAUCUGGAACGGAGAGAGAGAAGAGCUUGGACGAUCAGAAUACCUAUGUAGAUAGUGAAGGAAGAAAUUCUAAAGCGAGUUAUCGGACACCUUCUGUUGACAAAACAGAACGACGGUACGAUAGCGAUGCGAGUUAUCUUGGCGGAAGAACGUCAUCUGUGGAAAAAACGGAACGACGGUAUGAUAGUGAUGCGAGUCGCCGUACGGAGCGAACUCCUUCCGUCGACAAGACGGAGCGACGGUACGACAGCGAUACGAGCCGGCGGACAGAGCGGACACCGUCAUUGGAGAAAGUGGAACGGCGGUACGAUAGCGACUCGAGUCAUCGUGGAGACAUGUAUGGAGAUGAGUAUGAUAAUCGGUAG